AUGUCUAAUGAAAUCAAAACCACUUAUUUGGGUGUGUCACAACCGAUAUCUAUACAACCACCCGAUGAAGAGGAUCUUGUGCUCACAAAAAAGUUGAAAGAGUGCCUUGAGUCGUAUGGUUAUUUUGAGACCGAGGCUGAGAUGCAGCUACGACUUGAGGUACUUGGAAGUAUCAAUUCGUUGGUGAAGCGAUGGGUACGACACGUCUCCGAAGUCAAGCAAAUGCCCGCAAAUGAGAUUGAAACCGUCGGCGGAAAGUUGUUCACGUUUGGCUCGUACCGACUUGGAGCUGAUAUUGACUCGUUAUGCGCUGCACCACGACAUGUCGAUCGAUCGGACUUUUUCACGUCCUUCUAUGAAAUGUUAAAGGAGGAUCCGAACACAACCGAUCUUCGUCAAGUGCAAGAUGCAUUUGUGCCGGUAAUAAAGUUGAAAUAUCGUGGCAUCGAAUUGGAUAUUUUGUUUGCGCGACUUGCGUUAACCAAAGUACCUGACGAUCAGCAACUGAACGAUGAUAGUAUCCUGAAGAAUUUGGACGAGAAAAGCGUUCGAUCAUUGAAUGGAUGUCGAGUGGCUAAUGAAAUCCUUCGAUUGGUACCAAAUAUAGAUGCAUUCACUUAUACUCUACGAGCUGUUAAACUUUGGGCAAAAAAUCACGGUAUCUAUUCGAACGUGCUCGGGUUUUUGGGUGGCGUAUCGUGGGCGAUCUUAGUGGCACGAACUUGUCAGCUCUAUCCGAAUGCAGCACCUGCGAAACUUGUGCAGAAAUUCUUCCUUGUCUUUACUCGAUGGGAAUGGCCACAUCCUGUGUUGCUGAAAGACUGUGAUCAAACGCCGCGUCCGCCCGAUAUGCAAUUCCAGGAAAUGGUCUGGGAUCCGAGAACACGCUCUUGCGAUCGUUAUCACUUAAUGCCAAUAAUAACACCGGCAUUUCCUGAGCAAAACUCUACGUUCAACGUCACGAAAUCAACGCGACAGGUGAUCAUGAAUGAACUUGAAGAAGGUUUGGCGAUAACCCUGGAAAUAAUGGCUGGCAAAGCUGAGUGGUCAAAGCUGUUCGAUGAGGUGAAUUUCUUCUCGCGCUAUCGACAUUUCAUUGUAUUACUUUGCGUGGCUGCUAACGAGAAUGAUCAGUUGGUGUGGAGUGGUUUGGUGGAGUCGAAAAUUCGACAUCUGAUCGGAAGUUUGGAGAGGAAUCCGUGUGUGAAUCUGUGCCAUAUAAACCCGCAACACUAUUCGCCAAUUGAACCGUUACCGAUCGAAGUGUCUUUAGAGAAACCAUGUUGCCAGAUGUGGUUCAUUGGGCUGGAAUUCAACAAGCAACUGAAGAAGAAUAUCGAUUUGACCGAAGAAAUACAACAGUUUACCGAUGUGGUUAUGCGAACUGCGGAAUUCCAGAAUGUUUACUGUCCUGGAAUGGCGGUUCAUCCGUCCUAUGUGCGUCGUGCGGAUUUGCAUUUUUGGUUGUCUAGAAGCGAGCUGUCACGGGGUCGUGCGGCCACCCGAAAGAAUCGAAUAGUGAGUGCGCUGAACAAUGCAUCGCCAUGCAGCACGCCGCCGUCCUCUCAGAACAACACCUCAACGAGCACGGGCACUCCACAAAACACUGCAUGCCAGCAGAAUCAUGCAUCCACUCCCCAUCACCACCAUAAUCUGCACACACAUCACCACCACCAACAACAACAGCAGCAAAACGACACCUCAACGACAGAAAGUAGUGACAGUCGUGCGUCAUCAACCACUGGAUCGUCAUCAGCCUCGGCAGCAGCAGCCGCAGCACAAUGCUCCAUGGAUGCGGUCACGUCAUCUGUAUGCGAUUCCAACGUAUCGUCAAGCUCCACAAGCACAUCACAAACGAUCUUGAAUGCAGCCGCCGAUACUCUGAGUACAGUGGAUGGUGGUGGUGGUGGUGGUGGUGCUGCUGCUGCUGCUGCUUCAGUGGGACUGAUGGGCAUGACAACGGCCAUUAGUGCACCGAACGCACUGAAUGAGAAUAGACGCAGCAAAAUUCUCAUUUCAGAUGUACUAUCGAAUGAACGAAAUAUUGUCACAUCGACGACCACAGAUAAUAACGAGAGUGCAUCAACACAUCGUGCACGACCGUUAAUACCGAUCAGUGAUAUUCAGUUGAGCGGUGGAAGUCCGGACGAUCGAAAAUCAUCAAUUAAUUCAACAACAUCAACAACGCUCCUGCAUAGUCGAUCAACACCAAAUCUUGAAGCCUCAGCAACGUGUGAUCACCAGCCAGCAGAGCAAUUGCCGGUUUCAAGUGUGAGUAAAGUGAAUGCACGUCAUCCGUCGAAUGGAAGUUUGCCUGCUUGUAUUGAUAACUUACAGGAGUCACGGAAAAGAACGCUUGACAUGCGAUGCCAUUCGUUAGAGGGUGCGACUGGAGCAGCAGAAGGAGAGGAAGAGCCUCGAAGUCGCCCGAAACGAUCGAAUACAACCACCGAUUCAGCGUUGCUGAUGAACAAUGAGGCGACAGCAUCAUCCACUGCUCAAAAUGCAUUUAUGAAACGUGCUGAUACCUUCAAUGGUGCGAUGGCGUAG